AUGACAAGUAUUUUGAAUGGUACAAGAUUUAUGUUUAUUGAACCCCUACCUGAUGGGAAAUGCCUACCGAGAACAAACUAUUGUGCUGGUGUCCAAUGUAAAAUAUUUCAUUUUGGACAACCUAAGAAAACAGGUAACCUGGUUUGUACCAACUGCUGGAGUACUAACCACACUAGAUCAAGGUGUACAUCCGAUACAUGUUGCAAAGUCUGCAAACAGCCUGGGCAUGCCCCUGGUGACAAAUCAUGCCCCCACUAUGAACCUCAGAAACAUGUUAUACCUUUUUGUGGAGCCGAUGAUGUCCUUUCAAAUUUUUUUCCUUGCGAGUUGGAUUUCUGUGGCGUCAAACAUAAGUCUGCUGAACAUGCUUUUCAAUAUACAAAAGCACUGCGUUGUGGCGACUUGGACGCAGCAAAUACCAUUAAGGAUGCAGAUGAUGCGCUUUCUGCCCUGCGUCUUGGGAAAAAAAUCAAAACCAAUGAACAAUGGGAGUCGACAAAAAAGGAGGUCAUGGAGGAUAUCCUUGAAAACAAGUGUGUUCAAGUCCCAGUCUUCUUAGAAAAGCUGAGAACCGCUAAGCAGUCCACAACCUUCGUGGAAGCCACUUAUAACAACGAGUGGGGAUCGGGACUGGAUCGUACGGGGACACUUAAUACCAAACCAGAUCACUGGCCGGAAUCUAAUAUCCUCGGUGUCAUGAUGAAGAAAAUCUCCAAAAAAGUUCGAAAAAGGAAACUAAGCGACAGCAUUAGUCGAAAACAAAAACAAGCUCAUCGUGAACAAUCAAGACAGCGCAAUAUCGUUCAGAUGCUGAAGGAUCUAAGAACUGCGUCCGACAGUGACGUUUCAGGGUGCAAUGCCGAUUCCGAUAGCUCUGAAGGGGACAAAUAGACAUUCAAGAUCCUCAAUCAUGACGCUGUAUAUAAAUGAACUGAACUAUUUAUACUAUUACAUAGGUACGUGUAUUUAAACAUUAUUACUUAGAAUAUAUAGUAGAACUAUUUCAUGUGUAAUUUAAACAUAAUAUCUGUCAAUGUUAGAGGGUUGAAUUUACAUGAAAAAAGGAAUAAGUUUUAUCUUUGGUUAGAACAAAAUAGAUUCGAUGUAGUAUUGAUACAAGAAACUCAUUAUAUAGAUAAAUUUAAAGAAAAAUAUGACUCAAAUUGGAAAGGUAUAUCCAUACAUGCCUUCUCUGAUUCUUCAUACAGCAGAGGGGUUUCCAUACUAUUUCGUAAAGAAAUUAAUGUAAAUAUUCUUAAUAUACACAAAUCUGAUGAUGCUAGGAAACUUUUAGUUAAUGUUAA